UUGCCCACGAGUUUGAGUCGAUCUAUAGUGGCCCUGCCACUGUAGAUUUUUUCCUGAAGGCAUUUCAAAAGCUCUGCCCUCUCCUCCAUCGUUCACGAUCAAACGAAACUCGAGAGAUUUGCCAUGGAAAAUCCGCUUUUCCCCUGCCUAUCCGAAUAAUUUCGGAUAGACCACGACCGACGAGCGUAGUGUCAGCGGCCAUCUUGCAUCACGGUUCAAUAUCGCGUAAUGUCGUCGGGUCGCUUGUCAAACUCGCCUAUUAACCUCACAAACUUUUCUAUUUCAACGAAUAAUUGACAGUCGAGCGGGACGCGUGAAUGGUAACGGCACCGGGCCCCAGUGAAACGUGCGAGGCGCAGAACGACACCCGCGGAAACGAUUCGCGCGUGCCAGGUGAACGAAAACGAGACUUGUUAUCGUGCCGUAAUUAUCGCGCACUGUCAACAUUUCUCUGACAAUAACAGAGAACGUUCGGAUAUUUACGGCGGAAAAUGUCCAGCGCAAAAAUCAUCGAGAAUCCGGAAAUACCAGGAUUAGAAUGUUUCCUACCACCGCCGCCACCACCGCCUCCCCCGGUCGCGUCGCCGAAGAACAACAAUGUACAAAGCUCGAUGGACCAACAACACCACCUCCACCAACCAGAAGCUGGCCUGACGGAAGCGGCGGCUGCCAAUUGCCUGAACAACGAAACCCCCGCCCUGACCACGGUUCAAGCACCAGUCGCGCCAUUCCCGAACCUUCCGGUACCGACGCCGUACAUGAUGCACCCGGCGAUGCAACCGCAAACGCCCGGCCAGCCGGCUACACCCUGGUGGAUACCCACCGACGCGGACACGACGGACCUUUACGCGCGAUGGUACGACACGACGUACAAGGCGGCAGCCGCGGCCGCGGCGGUCGUCGCGCCGACGAUACAGGUCGCCGGGAAAUCGAAGAACAAGCAUCACAAACGCAAGAACGAGUUCAUCGAUCCCGCGCAGGACGCAGAGAAAGUCGCGAGCGCCCAGAGGGAACUGUCAGCGCUAAUGAAACCGCUGAAAUGCGAUCUGUGCAACGCAGUUAUGAACUCCACGCUGCAGGCUAAGCUGCACUACGACGGGAAGCCGCAUCAAAAGAAGGUCUCCAUGUUUCUGAAUCAGAGCGUUAAGAAGCAAAAGACCGAAGACGGCCAAGUCAGUAGUACGACCAACGAUUGGCAAAACUACUGCGACAUCUGCAAAACAUGGUUCACAUCACAGACGGACGCGACGCAACACUAUGCCGGUAAAAAGCACAUUAGAGCGGCGAACGGUGGACGUCGUGCGAGGCCGUCGAAGAAGUCGCAAAGUCAAAGUCAGUACAAUCAAAUAGAUCCCAGUGGCCGGUUUGGGAUAGGGACGGCGUUUCAGCCGGAAGUGCAAUCUGCUGCAGCCACGCAACCGGUUAUACCUGAGGGUACCGCGCCGGUAUCAACCCCAGUGGCAGCGACCCUCUACACACCACCGCCAUAUCCGACGCCGUUGCGUUGCGAUCUGUGCGGAGUCUCGGCGAAUCGCCAGGACCAGUUAGAAACGCACAAACGGGGAGCUAGACACCUAAGGAUGCUCAGGCUGAACGGAUUACCCGUACCGGAGCCUGCCAUCGAAAACGAGACUACCCCCACGACACCUGGACCAAUAGAUUAUUCUAUCUACCGGACACCAUCGGGCCAGUAUUAUUGUGCACCGUGUAACCUGUCGUUAAACUCCGAGAGUAUGUUCGCCCAGCACGUGGAGAGCAAGAAACACAAAAACCAGUCGAACCCGAAGUCCCCGUCGAACGCGGCGGUUGUGUCGAAGAAAGCCAGAUUCAAGAAGAAAUAAGGUCGCGGGGAGGGCCGCGCACCGAGUUUCAUCGCCUGUCCAUUGUUUUCACAGAACCCUUAUGUCUCAUUUUCCUGGUUACGCGGACGCAUUGUCGUCGCGUCGUCGCGACGCGCAACGGUCUAUCUGGAGAAACGAA